AUGAGCCAUAGGAAAGAUGAACGUAAAAACAAAGAAAAAAUUCAUGAGAAAAGUCAAAGAAUAAGAAGAAAAUAUUCGUCAUCCUCUGAUAAUGAUAGUAAAAAAAAAAAAAAAAACAUAUAUUCUUCAUCUGAUGAUGAGAAAAGAAUAAAAAAAGGAUACCCAACUUAUGGUGAUAAAAGGAUGAAGAAAAAUCACUUAUCAUCUGAAGAUAGGAAAAUAGAAGAAUCUUCUUAUUUUUCUUCUGAUGAUAAUUAUAGUAAUUCAAGUGUUAGCAAAAGUGAUGACAUAAAAAUGAGAAAGUUACAAAGAAAAAAUAUAAAGAGAUCUUCAAGUUCUGAAAGUGAUAUAAAUAAAAAAAGAAUAAAGAAUGUUAGGAAUAAUAAGGAAGUAAUACAUGAGAAAUAUAAAAAAAAUAUCACAAAAAAAAUAAAAAUUGAGAACAAAAAGGAGGAUGAUAAAAAUGUUUUUUUUUUUGAUAAUUCAAAAGAUAAAUCUAAUGCAGCAAAUAAAAAUGAUAAAAACGAAAAAAAAGAAUUCAUAGGUUUAUGUUUAAACAAAGAUGAUAAAAACGAUACUAUACAUGAAAAAGUGAUUAACUCUGAAGAUGAUAUGAAGAUUAAUUCAAACAUUUUUAAUGAGAAAAGAGAAAAGUUGAAACAUUCUCAAAAAUCUAUAGAAAAAGUAAAAAAAUAUCAGAAGAGUGAUGGCAUAGAUGAUGAACAAAAAAUUAUAAAAAAAAAUAAUACAUACGAAGAAGAAAAAAAGCAAAAUAUUGAUGAAGAAGAAAUUAGGGAUAUAAAAAGUAGGGAACAAAAAAAAAUGGAUAAAAGUAGUAACAAAAUAGAAGAAAAGCAGAAAGAUAAUGAAAACAAUAAAGAAAAAUAUUUAGAAAAAAGUAAUAAAAAAAGAGGAUAUAGAAUGGAGGAAAAAAUAAAAAAUGAAGAAAAAUAUGUACAAAAAUUGAUAAAAAAAAGCAACGAAAAUGAAAAAAAUGAUAAAGAAAGCAAUAGAGGUAUAGAUGUAGAAAAAGGAGAAGAAAAAAAAAAGACAAAAGAGCACAUUGAGGAAGAAUAUGAAAAAUGUAAAGGUGAAAAAAAAAAAUUGCACAUGAAUGAUUCUGAAAAACAUAAGAAGCAUCUAAGUUCCAACAUUAAGUGUAAAGAAAAAAAAGGAAUUGAUAAUAUUACAAGAAAUGAUAAUGAAAAUAUGAAUAAUUAUGAAAAUGAAAUAGAAAAAGACAAAAAAAUUAAAAAAGGAGAUAUAAAACAUACAAGUGAUUCUAAUAAAAUAUUAAUUGAUACGUUUGAUAAAAAGAGGAAGCGACAUGACAAUAGUGAUAAUGAAAAAAAAUUAUAUGAACCUGAAUUAAAUAAGGUCGAAAAAAAUGAUAUAAAAAAUAAAAAGGGUGAAAUCAAUGAAAAGUUUAAUGAUUCAGAGGAAAAUGUGAAAAAAAAGAAACAUAAGAAUUUAGAUUACAACAAAAAAAGUAUGGAAAAUAAAAGCAGGAAAGAAAAUAGCAGUAAAAAAAUCCAUAAAGAUAAGGAAGAGAAUUUUUUAUAUAUGAAAAUGAAUAAAGAAAGUGUUGAAUCUAGUAAUGAGAUUUUAUUUAACAAAAAAAAAGCAAAAUCGUCAUGCAAGAAAAAAGAAGUUAUGUCAUCAUCAUCAUAUGAUUCAAGUGAAAUUUAUCAUAGAAAAAAAAAAAAAAAUAAAUCAAAUAAAAAAAUACAGAUUAAUGAAAAAAAAGAAAAAAAAAAAUAUAACAAAAAUUACAGUAAUAAAAAAAGCCUAAGUUAUGAAAAAAGAGGUGUGUAUAUCAGAAAUAGUGUUAGUAGUAGAAGUAUUAGUAAUAGUAGUAGUAAUAGUAAAAGUAAUAAUAGUAUAAGUAAUAGUAAUAGUAGUAGUAGUAGUAAAAGUAAUAAUAGUAUAAGUAAUAGUAGUUAUGAUAAAAGUAGCCUAGAAUGCAAUAGUAUUAGUAGUAAAAAUAUUGUUAGAAGUAAAAAUAGAGCAAAUAAAUAUAAGGGUAACAGUAGAUUAUAUAGAAGGAAAAGCAUUAUUAGUAGUAGUAGUAAUAGUAGUAGAAGUAGAAGUAAUAGUAGUAGUAAUAGUAGUAGUAGUAGAAGUAAUAGUAGUAGUAAUAGUAGUAGUAGAAGAAGAAGUAAUAGUAGUAGUAAUAGUAGUAGUAGUAGAAGCAGAAGUAAUAGUAGUAGUAAUAGUAGUAGUAGUAGUAGUAGUAGAAGUAGUAAAAGUGAUAAUAGAAGUAAGAGUAGCAAAAGUAAUAGCAAAUUAAGCUAUAGUGGAGGUAAGAAUUAUAGUAGUAAUGAUAGAAAAGUUAUAAAAAAUAAGAAAAGAAAAUAUAUAAAUGAAGACAAUAAAAAAAAUAAUGGAAAAAAUAAAAGAUGUGAUGGAACACAAAAUAGUGACAUUUAUGAAUUAAAAAAAAAAAAGCAUAAUAAGGAAAAAAAAAAUGAGGAAAAAGAAUAUGAUCCAUUUGAGGAAAGUGAAAGUGGAAAUUUAGAAAUUAAUGAGGAUUUAAUAGAAUAUGCAAAAAAAAAAAUUGCGAAUGUUACAACUGAAGAUAUAGGAAAAUCAGGAGGAGUAUAUAUACCACCUUUCAAAUUAGAAAGAUUAAAAAAUGAAGUUACAAAUAAGAAAAGUACUUUAUAUCAAAGACAAGAAUGGAUGAAAUUAAAAAAAAAAAUUAAUAAUAUAGUUAACAAAGUAAAUGUUGAUAACAUUAGUGAAAUAUGUUAUGAAUUAUUUGAAUGUAAUUUAAUAAGAGGAAAAGGACUAUUUAGUCGUGCAUUAAUACAUGCUCAAUUAAGUUCUCCUGCUUUCACUAAUGUGUUUGCUUGUCUUUUGUCUGUAGUUAAUUCAAAGUUUCCUAACAUUGGUCUGCUAACUAUACAAAGAGUUAUUUUACAUUUCCGUAGAGCAUAUCAAAGGGGAGAUAAAAUUUUAUGUUUUAAUACUGUUAAAUUUAUUGCUCAUAUGAUAAAUCAAAGAAUAUUACACGAAAUAGUUGGUUUACAAUUAUGCUCAUUACUUUUACAGAAUAUAACUAACGAUUCAAUACAAGUAUGUACAUAUUUUUUAGUUGAUGUUGGUCAAUUAUAUAUGAAUAUAUGUAGAAGGGGAUUGGAUAUAAUUUUUGAUAGACUAAAAGAUAUAAUACAAGAGGGUAAGAUAAAUAUUAAAACACAAUAUGAUAUUGAAAAGUUAUGGAAUUAUAGAAAAAGUUAUUUUAGUGAGUUUCCUACUGUUAUUGAAGAGUUAGAUUUAAUUGACGAAAAUGAAAAAAUUGUUCACGAAAUAGAUCUUCUUGAUGAGAGUUUUAAUAAUCAAGAAGAAUUAAAUAUAUUCAAAGAAGUUCCAUAUGAGCAAUUUGAAGAAGAAAAUAUAGAAUGGAAUAAUAUUUCAAACGAAUUAUUACAUGGAAUCACCUCUGACAAAAAAGAAAAAAAGAAAAAUAAAAAGGAUGAAUACGAUAGAAACUCUUCAGAAGAAAGUAAAAGUAGUGAUGCUGACUCGGAAAAUGAAGAUAUUUAUAAAGAAAAAAAAAAAUGUAAAGAAAAUAAUGAGGAAGAUAGUGAAGAAGAAAGUAGUAGCGAUAGUGAGGAGGAUAAUAAUGAGGAGGAAAGUAAUGAUAGUAACGAAAGUGAGGAAGAUUAUGAGAAUAAUAAAGAAGAAAUUAAAGAUAUGACUGAACAGUAUCUUAUUAAUUUAAGAAAAAAUGUAUAUUUAUCUAUAAUGUCUUCAUUAAGUUUUGAAGAAUGUGUGCAUAAAUUAUUGAAGUUAAAUAUAAAAAAGGGAUAUGAAAUAGAAAUAUGUAAUAUGUUAAUAGAUUGUUGUUGUAUGGAGAAAACAUUUCAAAAAUUUUAUGCUUUGCAAGCAGAAAGGUUGUGUAAAUUAAAAAAAAUAUAUCAGGAAAAUUUUGAAAAAUCCUUUGAAAAUUCGUAUAAUACUGCACAUAGAUUAGAAACAGCGAAAUUAAGAAAUUGCUCGAAGUUUUUUGCUCAUUUAUUAUAUACUGAUGCUAUAUCAUGGAGUGUUUUUAUGAUUAUUAAAUUAACAGAAGAAAAUACCACUUCAUCAACAAGAAUAUUUAUUAAAAUAUUAUUACAAGAAUUAACUAAUAAUUUAGGUUUACAAGUGUUAUAUGGAAAAAUAAAUCAUCCAUCUAUAUCUCCAUUCUUAAGUGGAUUAUUCCCAACAGACAAUGCUCAAAAUAUCAGAUUUUGCAUAAAUUUUUUUACGGCUAUAGGUUUAGGUGCUUUAACGACAUCGAUGAGAAAAUUACUAUUAAAUUAA